AUUUACGAUAGUUUCGAAACAAACAAUCAUUGCAACGUAUACUACGUCGAUGUUGAAUUUUCAGACUGGAACAACUUAAAGAAAUUGUGUUUUAAAUCGAUAAAAUAAGAGUCGCUGUCCAAACAGAAGGUACGGAGAGCUUUAGAUAAAUGGUCCAGUUUUGCAGGGGUGUGUCUCAGUGGCUGAUGCAGGCGCACGGCGACGUCCGUGCUCUCAGAGUCGGUGCUGCGAGACGUUCGAGCAGUUUGUAUCCAAAACAGCGGCGUUUUGUUGCGUAUGCUGCUUUCUCCUAUACCUGUGCUCUCGACAUACACACGGAACAAAGCAAGCAACAAUCUACCACCAUUAUACGGUUUUCUAUUUCCCAUAAUGAGCUUAGUUUCUUCCAUUCUGAUUACCCUCUAAUAAUUCUAUCUUCUGAACAUCACCACCAAACCUCUCUGCAAGAUUUUUUGAAAUGGCAAAGUGAAAGGGGAAUUUUAUCCAAAAUGAAUAAAGUCAAAGUGUCAACAGAAAAAGGGAACACCCGUAUCCUUGGUCUCCUUGGCCAGCUGGAGAAGAUCAACUUGGAAUUGACCUUGCAAGAUGUGGAAAAUGGCCGUCACGUCACUGCCAAGCUUCUUCAUUUGGUUCAGACUCAAGCAUUCCCUUUUUCAGUCCUACAAGAGUCAGAAAGAAUGAAAAAAGAUAUAACAGCCAAAGGUUCAUCAGGAAUGGAAAUAAUAUUGUCAACACUUGAGAACACUCAUGAUCUACAGACUACGCUGAAUAUCCUCAACAUAAUUAAUGAACUGGUUUCAGUGGGAGGAGGACGCAGGUGUGGUGUUUUGGUUUCCAAAGGAGGAAGCCAGAUUCUACUUCAGUUGCUGUUUAGUGCCAGUAAAGAUUCUCCUCCAAAUGAAGAAGUUAUGAUACAGUUGCAUUCUAUUCUUGCGAAGAUUGGACCAAAAGACAAAAAGUUUGGAGUCAAAGCCAGGAUUAAUGGAGCUUUGGGCAUAACUCUAAGUUUAGUGAAACAAAACCUCCAAAACUCCAAGCUGAUUUUACCUUGUCUGCAACUGCUGCGGGUUUAUUCCAGUAACUCUGUCAAUGCUGUGUCCUUGGGUAAAAAUGGUGUUGUGGAACUUAUGUUCAAGAUUAUUGGUCCUUUUAACAGGAAGAACACAAGUCUUAUAAAAGUCUCAUUGGACACACUGGCAGCAUUGCUGAAGAGCAAAACCAAUGCCAGGAGAGCAGUGGAUAGGGGAUACCUUCCUGUUCUUCUCACAAUUUAUAUUGAUUGGCAUAGACAUGACUCAAGGCAUCGGCAUGUGCUUAUCCGCAAAGGGAUUUUAACCUGCAUCAAGAAUAUCACAAGUAUCAAGUUGGGCAGGAAAGCUUUCGUGGAUGCUGAAGGGAUGAAAGUCUUAUAUAAUUCCUCUCAAGAUUGCCUUUCGGUGAGAACCCUGGAUCCUCUGGUCAAUAUCUCUAGUCUCAUCAUGAGAAAAUGCUUCCCUAAAAAUCGGCUUCCCAUUCCAACUAUCAAGAGUGUAUACCACUUCCAGUUACUAGUAAUCCCAACAAGUGGCCCUGUAGCUCAACUGUAUAAUUUACCUCCUGAAGUUGAUGAUGUUGUAGAUGAAAGUGAUGACACCGAUGAUACUGAAAUAGAAACAGACAAUGAAAAUGAAGAUGAAGAAAAAGAUGAAAACAAGAAGAAUGAUGAUAUUGAAACUGAUAUUGACAAGUUGAAGCCUGUUCAUGAAUUGGGGCGACCAAUAGAAGAACUGGAAGUAUACAACCAGUUUUUCCCAGAGCUUACAGAGGACUUUCAGGCAUAUAACCUUUCUGGAAAAAACCAUGCCAGUGUAUCAAGGGCUGAUAUUCAGCAGCCAGGACCCAUUAUUGUGCCUACAGCAGGAGAAGAGAUGCUAUCAACCAGCAAAGUGAUAAAAGUUUCUGUUAAAGAAAGUAAUACACCGGAAAGCCAGCAGAUUCUACCUAAUGUUUAUCGCAGAGUUGCACAGGACCAUAAGCUACCGAUACUUUUAGAUCUGCAAAACAAAGAGCAGAGUAAAAAUAGUGUAAACUCGCAGUAUUCUAAACAAAAUGGCCAUACUACUACACAAUGUUUGAACAGUGAAAUUGCUAAGGGCUUGGAUGGUAUGUCCUUGCAUUGUAAAAAUGCUUCUAAUGAUGUUAAGUGUUGGAACUCGAGGCACAUGAACGGAAUUGAGACUAAGCCCAGCCUUUUGACACUGGGGGAUACCUGUAGCAAAACUUGUCAACAGCUCUCUGGUUGUGGAAAGUCAUUAUUUACUUCACCAUUUGGCCAGCCUCCGUCUUGGCAACAGGUUGGUUCUCAGCUGGGUCAGUUGUGCUGUUCUGGUAUUGACACUGAUGCAGAGGAUGAGUCCUCUAUAAGCUCUGAAGAGCCAGGAAUUUCUGAAUUACCGGAGCCUGGUGUUUUGCAACCACUUCAUGACUCUGACCUUUAUGUUGAAGUUGUUAAAAAGACUAAAUCUGUACCUGAAUACAAUGAAGUAGCAUAUCCUGAUUAUUUUGGACACAUUCCACCUCCAUUCAAGGAAUAUCUUAUAGAAAGACCCUACGGUGUACAAAGAGCAAAAAUAUUCCAAGAUAUUGAGAGACUGAUCCAUGCAAAUGACAUUAUUGACAAAAUUGUAUAUGAUCUUGAUUUUCUAAGCUAUCCAGUACCAGAAGAUGGAGAAACAUUAAGAUUCAAUUCACAAUUUGAAUCUGGAAAUCUUCGAAAAGCCAUUCAGAUCAGAAAGUUUGAAUAUGACCUCAUCCUUAAUUCUGACAUAAACAGCAAUCACCACCACCAAUGGUUUUACUUUGAAGUGAGUGGAAUGCGAAAUGCUGUUCCUUAUCGAUUCAACAUUAUCAACUGUGAAAAGUCCAAUAGUCAAUUUAACUAUGGUAUGCAUCCCAUAAUGUAUUCUGUCCAAGAAGCCAUGCUAGGAAGACCGCAGUGGAUUCGAGCUGGCACAGAUAUCUGUUAUUACAAGAAUCAUUUUUCCAGAAGUUCAAUAGCAGCUGGGGGUCAAAAAGGAAAAUCUUAUUACACGCUGACAUUUACGAUGAACUUUGCCCAUAAAGAUGAUGUGUGCUAUUUUGCUUACCACUAUCCAUAUACAUACUCUACCUUGCAGAUGCACAUCCAAAAACUGGAGUCACUGCAUGAUCCUCAGCUGAUUUAUUUUCGGCAAGAUUCGAUCUGUGAAACUUUAGGAGGCAACCCUUGCCCUGUCCUGACCAUUACUUCUGUGCCAGAGUCCAAGUCCUGGGAAAGUCUGUACCAGUUUAGAAAUCGACCGUACAUUUUCUUAACAUCUCGUGUCCAUCCUGGAGAAAGUAAUUCCAGUUGGGUGAUGAAGGGAACUCUGGAAUUUUUAAUGAGCAACAGCUUGGCAGCUCAAAAUUUGCGGGAUUCUUAUAUUUUCAAAAUUGUCCCCAUGCUGAACCCAGACGGAGUAAUUAAUGGAAGUCACCGCUGCUCCUUAAGUGGCGAAGAUCUUAAUCGGCAGUGGUUAACGCCAAAUCCUGAACUCCAUCCUACAAUUUACCACACCAAGGGCUUGCUGCAGUACUUGGCCAGUAUACAACGUAGUCCUCUUGUCUUCUGUGAUUAUCAUGGUCACUCACGAAAGAAAAAUGUGUUCAUGUACGGGUGCAGUAUAAAGGAGACAGUGUGGCAAACUGAUGUUAGCGCUUCCUCUUGUGAUCUACAGGAAGACCUUGGCUAUCGGACUCUGCCCAAGGUACUGAAUCAAAUUGCUCCAGCAUUCUGCAUGAGCAGCUGUAGUUUUGUGGUGGAGAAGUCCAAGGAAUCCACAGCACGGGUUGUUGUGUGGCGUGAGAUUGGUGUUACGAGGAGCUACACAAUGGAAAGCACGUACUGCGGAUGUGAUCAAGGCAAAUACAAGGGCCAACAGAUGGGGACAAGAGAGCUAGAAGAGAUGGGAGCUAAAUUCUGCCUUGGCCUUUUACGCUUGAAGAGGCUGUCAUCUGUGGAAUGUAGAUUUCCCCCUGGCCUCCUGGAUGUGGAUAAUGAUUUGAUUGACACCAGAUGCAAUGUCACCAGUCUGAUUGCCAUUGGACAUAAUUGCAAUCCUACCACUCAAGUCCUUGAUGAAGAUGAGCCACGUUGCCUUGAAGAGAUUGAUUACAGUGCUGAGAGUAGUGAUGAGCAAGAAAUUGAUCUAAAUGAAACAGCUGACUUUGACACCCAAUACUUUGACCCAAGUACACAAGAGGAGCAACUCUCUGAUUCUGACAUCCCAAAGAGAGACUUCUUUCUUUAAGUUAUAAAUCACCAAAGAGGCUGGAAAAUAAGUCUGAUAUUCUAUAACCAAUAAAAAAAAGUCAGGGUUAAAAUAGUCUGCUCUGAGUAAGAGCUAGCUCACUCAGGCAUAUUGGCUAAAUUAAUAAUAAAUAUACUGCUGGUAACACUGGAAAAUUCAACUCUAUUAUUUAGUAUUGACUUCAAGUGCAUUUGUACAAGUCAGGAUAGAAUCCUCCACUGUUUUUAUUUUCUCUGGAUGCAGUUGCAUGGCUGAUUUUGUAUGCAAUUUUAUUUUUCACUACUUACCUUGAUCGUGUUUGUCUGUAUGCACAGAUUGUUCUCAAGAUAUGUACCAAUGAUCUUUUGAAGUCACUUAAUUUGUGGAGAAGUUGAAAAUAGCCUUGUCUGUUCAAACUUCAAAUGAUGUCUAUUUAAUUCCCCAACUUUUGUUUUAGUUGUGUCAGUGUUCCAGGAUCGUUUGAUGAGAAAUAUGCUGCUUUAGCUAUAACAUUCAAAUAUUGAUAAUUAUAUUGUUAUUGUUAAGUAGAAUUGAUCUGUCUUGAAAUGUAUCCAUCUGCUGCUAAAAGAAUAUAAGUUGCACCUUGCUGUGGAUUAUAUAAAACGUAAAAGCUGGCUGUCACUGUAUUUAAAUUUAUUGUCAACAUUACCAUACAAUGUUGACACUAUGUACAGUGAAUUGUUAGCUUGUCAUGAAUAAUGAAAUGAUGUAAUUUUGAUUUUCAGACUAUGAAUUAAAGAAUUGUAUUGUGGUAGUGAA